UUAAUAAUUAUCAUUUCUAUUGAAUGAUUAUUUAAAAAUAUAAAUGUUACAUGAGCAUGAAUCAACAACAACAACAAUAUCAACAAGUCACGACAGUGACAAAUCGAAUCUAUUCAAAUUCGUAUUCGUAUCAGUCAUCAUCAUCACCAAACAGACAUAAUAAUGUUUUCAUACCGGGAAGAGGACCAGUUAAUCAAACUCAACCAUCAAUGUAUAUGAAUAAUGCAAGACAAUCAUGGCCGAUGCAAAACGGAUCGAAUGUUGUUGGUCAACAAUUCUUUUCAUCAUCAUCGAAUUCAUAUUAUAAUCCGACAAUAGAUAAUCAACAACCACCAUUUACUUCUGCUAAUGUGAAUAAUUAUUAUGGUUCACGUUCAUAUGGUUCGUAUGGUCCGAUGCAAGUUGCCCAACAUCCUUAUCAAAAUCGAUUUCCCGAAACAAUGAAUCGACCAAAUGUUUCUUAUUAUUCCCCAGUUCAAUCGAUUCAUACAAUGAUGCCAAGAAAUCGUACUCAACUGCACCAACAACAACAACUCAACCUACAACCGAAUCCUUUACAAUAUAAUGCCCGAAUGUUACGAAUAGAAAAUCGAUAUCCAAGAGGACAAUUCAUCGAGCAACAAGUGCGAGUGUGGCCAAUGAUGAAUAUUGAUCGAAAUAUUGUUCAACGAGAAAAUUUUUAUAAAUUUGGAAAUGAUGUUCAUUUACGUCAGGUAUUAAAUGUUCCUAGUCAAACAAUUGAUGAAAAUAUUGUCGAACGAACGAAGCCAGUAAUUCGAAAGAUUCGUAAAAUAACCAAUAUAGGUUCAAUAGAUAUGAAAAAAAUACUUAUGAGUCUAGAAUCCGGAUUACUGGCUGAAACAACUUGGGCGCUUGAUUGUCUUCAUAUAAUGUCAAGCAAUGGUCAUUUACAAUUGCGGCCAAAUUUGUCCAACCGUUUAGUUGAAUAUUACAAAUGUUUUUUAGAUGCAAUCUUUGAUGAUCUUUUUGUUGAUACUGAAAUUGAUUAUCAGCUUAAAAUGAUGCCGAAUGAUGAUGGUGAUAAUGAUAAGUCAAAUAUUAAUCAUUCAUUAAUGUUAAAGUCAAAAAAAUUAAUUGAAACGAAUGAUCGUAUAAAUCUGCUUGAUUCGACAAAUUAUACAUUCCGAUCGAGAAAUGGUUUACCGGUCAAAUUGAAAGAAGAUGUAGAUCUUAAUGAAAAUUUUCUCAAUCAAUUGGAACAAGAUUGGCUUGAUGUUUUUUGCGAUCAUCAAUAUCUACAGAAUGGUAAUACUAAAAGUACGGCUCAUAUUAUUCGAACAAUGAAUCCGACACAUGAAAUUGUUCCAUUUAUUAGACCAAUUAUCGAUAAACAACAACAAGUUGGGAAUUCAGUAAAACAAAAUACAUGUUUUUUAGCGAAAAAACGUAAACAUGAACUGGAUGAUGAUGAUGAUGAAGCUGAAACAUUCGGAAUGAUUUCAACAUUAUGUCCUCGUCUUGAAUCUUAUGAAUCUAUGUUGAAACGAUGUUUAUGCAUAUCGAGUAUCAUACGUAAUGCAUCAUUUUCGAUAACAAAUAGUCGUUUGAUGGCUUAUGAUGCUUCAUUAUUGUUGGUGAUGGCACGUCUUCUUUCCUACAAUCAUAAACAUGGUGAAAAGAAAACAUUCAGAAUGGUUUGGAAUGCAGCAAAUAAUCCGAAUAAUAAGGACAAAAAAGAUAAAGAAAAUGAAAAUGAAUUAUGUUUCGAUGAUUUUUCUUUCGAAACAUUACAUAUGAUUCGUAUGAAUACAUUGGUUACUUUGUCUAAUCUUAGUGAACAUCUUGAUCUUUGUCAAUAUUCAGACAAAAUUAUUCUACCAUUAUUGGAUGGUCUACUUCAUUGGGUAGUAUGUCAAUCAUCAUAUGCUCGUGAUCCAUUACCACCAGAUAAUCUUUCCUGUAAUAUACAAGCAUUAGAAAUCAUAGCUAAACUAAGUAUUCAUCAAUCAAAUAUUGAUCUCAUAUUAGCUACACCACCAUUCGAUCGAAUUGAAAAAAUGUAUCAAGUAUUAGUUGAAUCGAUUUCUCGAAUUGAUGAUCAAGUUCUACAAGAAUUAUCAUUGGUUGUGUUGGCACAUUUUUCAAAUGGUGAUGUAUUGAGCGCAAGAAUUAUUCUUCACGUUGAUUUAGUCAUCAACAAUUUGUUGUUGUUUAUCGAACAAAAUGAAUUUCACAAUAGAAUUAAUGGCAUAUGUCCAGCACGGAUUGCAACAGUACAACAACAACAACAUUCUGAUUCCAAUAAUUAUAUUGUUCUAUUAGCUGCUCGUACAUUGCGUGCAUUAGCAUCGGCUUGUGAACCACAAGAUUCAUAUCUAUUUUUUAAAUAUGAAACACGAUUUGUUGAUCUUAUCAUGUCGAUAUUUCUUGAUACAAAUAUAAGCCAGAUUUUAGCCGAUCUAAUGUUCAUAUUAUCAAAUGGUAAAUCUGUAUUUCAUUCGAAAUAAUUUAUUUGUAAUUAUUAUUAUUAUAUAAUAAUGAUGAUGAAUAACAAUAACAAACGACAACAACAGCAACAA